AUGAAUAACAGCAAUAAUAAUAAAAUAGAUCUAUUAUUUCGAUGUAUAUUUAAUAAUAUAAUCUUAAAUCGAAAGAUAAUUUCAUUUAUUCAUGUCAACAAUAAAUACAAUUUAAAAUACAAUGAAGUUUUACAAUCGUCAAAGGAGUUGAUCUAUCAUGGUUACCUCAACCAACUAAUACAACUCAUUGAAUCAUAUGAAUCUAGACAAUUCAUUGGUAUCUACACUGUCUACAUUGAACCAUACUUAAAAUUUACAACAAGACAUUUAAAUAUCUUUUUAUAUAUAUAUCAAAAGUUUUUUGUUAUUAAUAACAACGAUAAAAGUAUAUUUUCAGAUCAACAAAUAUUAUCAGAUAGAACAAUCAUUUAUGCAACAAAUAAUAACAAUUUACAAGUAUUGAAAUAUUUAUUGGAAAAUAUAUUUAUAAUAAAGAAAAAUAAUAAUAUAAAUAUCAGUAGCAAUAAUAAUAAUAUUUUGGUUGAUGAGAAUACCAUUUUGUCAAUAAAGAAAAAGAUUGAGCUCUCUUUGAUAACUGCUAUCACAAAUGGAUAUAUAAAUAUUGUUAGAUAUCUUUAUGAAGACGGAUUCAUUGCAGAGUGUAACAUUGACAGGAAGGAGAUAUCGUUGGCUGUUGACAAAGCAUGUGCAAAUGGGUAUUUAGAGGUCUUGACUUUUAUAUUUGAAAACGAAAGAGAUUCAUUCGAUACUCAUAUGAUAAUAUCAUUAUUAGAUGUUGUUAGUUCGAAUAAUCAUAUAAACAUUGUCCACUUUCUGUUUGACAUUGUCAUUAAGGAUAAACAAAACAACUACUAUAUCAGCGCCAAAACAUUUCAAGCAAUAUGUAAAUACGGUCACCUGGAUAUGUUUAAACAAUUAAUACAAUACCAUAGAUCAAUCAAUGGCAAUAUGUCUUUAGGUAGUUUAAUUGACUCUGCUGCUCUUCAUGGUCAUCUCGAUGUAAUACAAUUUAUUAGUCAGCAAACUGAUAUCGUUCAGAGUUGCAGCAGUGACGCUUUGGAUAAAGCAUCAGAAAAUGGUUGGAUUGACGUUGUGCAGUGGCUUCAUCAAAACAAAACACAAGGAUGCACAAAUAAUGCUAUGACAUCGGCUGCUGCCAAUGGAUUCUUGGACGUCGUUAUUUAUCUUCACGAGAAUAGAACAGAGGGUAUAAAAAUUUCCGCAAUGGAGAGAGCAGCGCUUCAUGGUAAUUUGGAUGUUGUGAAAUUCAUUCAUUUCCAACGAAAGGAGGGUGGAAACGCUUCGGCUAUGAAGUCGGCAGCUCACUGUGGACACCUACCAACAGUUCAAUUUCUUCAACAGGAACGAUCGUUUGAGGAGAAUCGUCCGUUUGAAGCGUUUCAAGAAGCAGUUAAAACUGGCCAUUUCGAGGUAGCAAAGUAUCUUUACGAUCAUAAUCAUCAACUCUUUCCACAGGAUCAAGUGUAUUUGGCAUUGUUUUCACCAAACUAUGAUAUUGUCAAGUAUUUGUUUAUCGAGAAGAACUUGUCAUUGGCGGAACUCCGAGUGUUUCAAGUGAAAAAGUUGGCGGAACAUACAACCAUCGAUCAUUUGAGACUAAUUAGAAAUCAAAUGCCUCAUAUGUUUAAACCGGACCUCAUUGACUACGCUGCCAAGAAUGGACACAUCGAAAUGACAAAGUAUCUUCUCGAUUGUUUCAACGGUGCGAAGUUCAGCAAUGCUCUUUGCAAGGCACUGUCGAACGAUCAUUUCGUCAUGGUUGAAUAUCUCAUUUCGCAAUGUGACUAUGGUCCUUCUUUGCAAAUAGAUUUGGUUGGUAUUAUCAACCAUGCCGUUAGAACGAAAAAGCUUGCACUAGUCGAUCGACUCAUUCGCAGAUUGUUGGAAGCGAAUCUCGUCAAACAACGAUAUGUUCUAAACUAUUUGGAGCCGUAUGUUGAUAACCUGAUUCGAGAAGGUCAUUUGUGGGCAUUCAUCCUACUCCUCAACCACAAAGUUAUUACAACUCUUUCCAGAACCCUAUUGGAUAAAAUAUUAAGAUGUAAACACUAUCAUCUUGUCAAGUUUUUCAGGAUCAAUCUUCCGCAUAUCUGCACAGAAUCAACCUUGACUGCAGCAGUUGGAAAUUUCGAAAUUUUGAAAUACAUCUUCUAUGAAUAUCGCGAUCGAGUCUCAUUCAACUAUACCAAUGUUCUCAGGGAAGCAAUCAAUGUUGGAUCGACAGAUAUUGUAAAAUUCUUGCAUGACUAUAAUGAUGGCUAUAAUGUUAUCUUCAAAAAAGAGUGUAUGGAUUACGCCGCUGAACUUGGUCGACUCGAUAUAAUUAAAUUCUUACAUGAGAAUCGAACAGAAGGAUGUUCAACAAAAGCAAUGGAUUUAGCUUCGAUGAACGGCCAUUUAGACACAGUUAAAUUCUUACACGCGAAUCGAACAGAAGGAUGUACAAAUAAAGCGGUCGACAAUGCAUCAGUCUAUGGGCAUUUCGAGAUUUUAAAGUUUCUCCACGCGAAUAGAACGGAAGGCUGGACAUUUGUAGCAUACACAGUACCUAGUUCUAGAAUUCCAAGUCAAUGGAUAAAAGAUAAUCUUUACCCAAAAUAA